UAUCCAGGACAGUCGGACGUCGGACGGUUUCUAGUGUUCCGACCCCUCGAAGGGUGCUGAAGGUCGUCUGUUCGGAUCGGGGACAAUCACCCCUUUCGAUUCCUCCUCUCCUCUACUAUGACUUCCUCUCUACUCUGAAGUGUUCCGCCUUCGUGUCUUCUUCUUUUCUACUUUUGAUACUUCUACAGGGUGAUGUGCGAUUGUGAUAGUUAGUGACUCGGAAUCAGAAAGAUUCAGUGUAUAUCUGUGAUCGUGAAACACAUAGUGCAAUAUUACGUUAAGUCUUCGUAAGUCUAAUCUAAUGUACCAUUCUUUCACAAGUUGAAAACUCUAACGCUUAGGUAUCGAUUAACUCUUAGUCUGUAUCCUUAUUCUGACAAUCAGUCGAUGCCUCUUCUUAGCUGUACUCGAAUCUCUAUUUUCUAACUCUAUUCUCGAUCUAUACAAUCGUCUUCGACAAUCGUUCAACUAUAAGACUCGUAUCUUCUCGCCUUCGACUUUUAUACAUAUUUCUACUCUGCACUUUUCUACUACACUCCGCUCUCGUAUUCUUCUAUAAGGCCUACUAUAGAGUGAUUUAUACUUAGAGUGAGUAUCUCCAGUACCUGUGACAAAGUCGCCGUGAGGUUUCAAUCUUCAUCAUCACGUUCUACCACUCUUUCUCUUUCCCCUCCCCCUCAUCCUAUUACAACUUACCCCCCAGCCCUUCCAACUUCUUGACGACUCCCGCGGCCGCCAACGUAGCCAACCCCAACUGUUCCUACUGCUGUUGCUCCCAGUGUUGCGCGUGUAGUCUGCAGCUGGUCAGGUCUUCGCCCCUCUACCAUCCCGCACCCUACGUCCACCCCGGCCUCACCAGCAUAUCCAUCGUCAACAGAGACCCUCCUCCUCCCCAGACACACAACGGCGUCCUCAUCUUCCAGAAUGGUCUGCUGAACAGGACGUCGGGAUAUCUGUACCCCCAGGACAACGAGAGCCAGGACAAGCGUUGCCAGGACCUGCAGCUGGUCGUGGUAGGACCUCAGGACACGUCGCAGGACACCACUGAUAUGAGGGGCUCGGACGAGUUGCUGAGCCAGACGGGCGGUGCUGUUAGCAAUGGAGGCGCUAUGAGCCCUCAGCCCAACCACACAGACAACAACAAUGACGCCAAAAAGGCCAAGCUAGACAAAUCGAACGGCGCGACGAGAGAGAACAAACCGUCAAAGGUGAUACAUAUCCGCAACAUCCCCAAUGAGGUCACUGAGGCGGAGAUCAUCCACCUUGGCAUCCCCUUCGGCCGAGUCACCAACGUCCUGGUGCUCAAGGGCAAGAACCAGGCUUUCCUGGAGAUGGCGGACGAGGUGGCCGCGUCGACCAUGGUGACGUAUUUCACGUCAUGCAUGGCGCAACUGCGAGGCCGCGCUGUCUAUGUGCAGUUCUCCAACCACAAGGAACUAAAGACUGAUCAGACGCACAGCAAUGCGAACGCGUCAGCCCAGGCCGCACUACAAGCCGCCCAAGCUCUCUCCGGCCAAACCGACACCCAGGGCGGGCCUAACACUGUACUCAGGGUCAUCAUCGAACAUAUGAUGUACCCCAUCACACUAGAGGUCCUCUACCAAAUUUUCUCUCGGUUUGGAAAAGUUUUGAAAAUCGUAACCUUCACCAAAAACAAUUCGUUCCAAGUGCUUAUCCAGUACCCAGAUGUUGUCACAGCUCAGUCAGCUAAACUGUCUCUCGACGGUCAGAACAUCUAUAACUCAUGUUGUACACUGCGCAUCGAAUACUCCAAACUGUCCAGUCUCAACGUUAAGUACAACAACGACAAGUCCAGGGACUACACCAACCCUUCGCUGCCCAACGGGGAGACGGGGCUUGACGGGGUUGCGCUGUCCGAGCAAUUGUUACCUCAGCUGUUACUAGGCGGGGGCAGUCCGGCGCUACAGGCAGCGCGGCGUAGUCUCACACAGGGCGACCACAACAGACUAGCAGAAAUUCAGUCGUGGAUAGCUGCAAUGAACAAUGGCGUCAUCGCUCCAAACCUCAACCUGGAAAGGGCUCAGGGUGUUCUUGCGUCCCCAUUCACCCCUCUCCACGGGCUAGGAUCCCCGUUAGCUGCCCCUUACGCUGGUUCGCCCGUCGGAGGAGGCAUACCCUUGGCGGGGUUCACCCCACUUGCGGGGGGCAAUGCUGCGUUGGCUGCUGCGGGGGGCAUGAGACUAGCGGGGGCCAUGGCUACCACCUGUGUACUACUCAUCGGCAACCUGAAUGAGGAGGUCAUCACCCCCGAUGCGCUAUUUACUCUGUUCGGAGUGUACGGGGAUGUGCAGAGGGUAAAGAUCCUUUACAACAAGAAGGACAGCGCCCUUAUACAGAUGGCAGAGCCCCACCAGGCACAGCUAGCGAUGACUCACCUCGAUAAGCUCAAGUUGUACGGCAAGCAGAUGAGGGUGAUGCCCUCCAAACAUCAGACAGUACAACUGCCCAAGGAAGGACAGCCCGAUGCAGGACUCACCAAGGAUUACACCUCCUCCAACCUGCAUCGCUUCAAAAAACCUGGCUCUAAGAACUACCAGAACAUCUACCCUCCUUCAGCAACCCUGCAUCUCUCCAACAUUCCGUCAACUGUCACAGAAGAGGAGAUGAAGGAGGCAUUCACCAAACAUGGGUUCACUGUCAAAGCUUUCAAGUUCUUCCCGAAAGACAAAAGGAUGGCUUUAAUACAACUUGCCAACAUGGAGGAUGCUGUAGCUGCACUAAUUAAAAUGCACAACUACCAGCUCAGUGAACAGAAUCACUUGAGGGUAUCUUUCUCCAAAUCCAACAUCUAGAUGACGUAAUUGAAGAAACCGUGUCGUGUUACGGACUUGUUACAUACCUAUCGACAUUCUGAGUUUCUUCACCAGUUUUGUUAUUUUGAUCGAACUCGUACGUUCCCAGUAUUCCGUUAGCCAAAUGUUAGAUGGACUGAAGCCGCAGUUUUCAGGUUUCUAUGUUCGUUUUUUCGGUGACAGUCGAGUGGCACUCGAAGUGGAGUGUUUGUAAAAAGAAGUGAGGUUAAUUAUUAAGAUGUUUUGUAGGGCAUUUUCUGUGUUAUAUCGUUUAUUGUGUAAAAUUAUUUUGUUACUUACUCGGACAACAACACAGAUGUCGAUUAGUUUCUAUAGGUUUAUUAGGGUAAAUGUUUGUAUUAAAUUGAGUUUUCUACGAGAACGCAAUGACAAUGUGCAAAACCGCUUUGUUACGGCUUAGCGAGCCACGAGAUCAGAGUCUAAAUAACUUGGAUUAUACAUAUCGUAUUUUGUAUGAAUUAUUUUAUCAUUAGAAAGAUUAGAGAUUAGGGUAGAGACAAAGAUUGUAGAUCAUAUUAAAGUUGGCUUUGACGCCUGAUUAAUUUCCUGAUUCGGAGUCUCCUACGAUCUUUACUCAAAUUAUCAACUAAUACUUAUUAGCGAUUACCCUUCAGAUUUUUCUAUUGUAUUUUCCAUAAGUGUUUCUGCAAUGGAUUUAAGUGUUUGAGCCCUUGAUUAAAUACAAAGAAGUGUUCUUUAAUCUUGAAUUAAUCAACUACUGUAUUGUUUGUAAUUUUGGGGUAUUUAUCUUUGCCUUCUGUCGCGACUUACACAAACUCUUCACUUCUUACGCUGAACAAGUAUUUCUAUUUCUUAGUGUAUGUAACACUAAACUUGUCGAUUACAUGUUUUAUGGUCGCCGUGGUGAACGAUAUAACUUUUAUAAUCUUAUUCAUGUCUUAAUAAUCUUUAACUAUAAGUAUUUCAAAGUAUUAUUAAUAUUUUUAUCCUACUUAUAAGUGGUUUGUAACAGCUAUUUGUUGAUGAGAUCUGGUUUCAGCUACAGAAGAUUUUAUUAUGAUCAAAUAUUGUUAAAAGUGAGUUAUUUUUGUAAAUGUGUACCGGUACUUAUUAUCAGUUUUUACACAAACCGAUCAAAACGCAACAAAUAGUUGUUAAAUCGUAUCAUUACUUUAUUGUGUUUACACUAAGUUUCAAUACAUUGGUAGGAUUUUGUAUUAUUAUUUAUUUAUUUUUCUUUCCUAGUUGUUGAAGGAAGGCUUGUGUACUAUAAGUUGUGGUGGGAUAUGACGACCCAAACUUCGGGGCCAAAUAAAAAUGUAUGACUCUACUUUGGUAAUCUUAAUUUUACGCAACUGUUGUGUAGUAAAACAGAGCCCGGUAAUGCAAACAUGUUACAAUGCAAAAACAAGAAUAUUAUGUUUGUCUUGAAAAUAUAUUUUUAAAGUAUUUUAAUUUUUACAGUGAUUAUUUAUUGCUUCUUUGAUACAGUCUUGAUUAUUUAGAGCAUUCUGUAUUCAUGAUUUAGGUAGUAUUUUAAAAGUUAUAAAAAAUAAUUGUUUCUCUAGUUUAGGAGAUAAGGUUAUGGAAAGAGGAGUCAGAACAAGUUAUAAAUAUUGUUAAAAUAAAGAAAAAUAUGUAACGUACAAUCAAUCAAAGGUAUGAACAAAAACCAAAUGAUAAUUAAAAUAUUUAUUGAGAGCAUUUAGUUAAAAUAUUUUUAUAUGUCUUAUAUUUGUACCUUAUUGGGGAACGUAACUAUUCUUUUACAAUACGACCAAUGUUGCUGUAGCUUUAACUAAUCUCAAUCUGCAAAUAUUGUUAAAAAGAUCUGUUUAAUUAACAUUCAAAAUAUUAAUGAUGUUUCAUUUUGUGAUAAACAUGCUCUAAAGCGAUUCAAUACUAUCACCUUGUACCCAGUAUCUAUACUUGUAGAAGCCCUUACGCUUGUAUCAUGGAUGUAUCUUAAUCAAUGGCUGACAAUCAUACUUUGCCCUACUAUAUCUAUCUAUAAUAUACAUAGCCUAUAUCUAUUUUUCGACACGAAGACUCUGUCAAUGUUUUUUGUUUGCCAGCUUCUAGGGGGGUCGUUGCAUAAUGAACGUCGGGUAGUUCUUGUAGUAGUUUAGGUGUGUUUAUAUUAUCUAUUUACCUACAAUUGUUAAUAUGAAGUAGCUUGUAGAGAACAGGGUAGGGAUUAGAUUAGAACCCGUUCCCGCGAGGAUUAUCAUAAUCUAAGUUGAUUUAGUAGUGUUGAAUUCGGACCAAAAAGGUACUCAGGGAGCGAGACAGAUUCGACCACCAGAGUACCCGUAGGACAGGAUUGUUCGUUCGUUCUGGCAUUCAUUAUUUUAUUACAAGUUUAUCGUUGUUGUUUCUUGAAUAGGCUUAUAACAUAUCAUGUAAAGUAUUUAUUUCCCAUGAAACUAGCAAAUAAUUACCGAACAAAGCUUUUUUCUAAAAUUCGGUUCGAUUAUGAACUCUACUGUAAAAUAAAAUUCUUUGUUCUUUUAAUAGUGAUAUAACAAACCUACCCACGUCAAUUUAAUGCUCUACUCAGUUGUAGAGCAAGAUAUAGAAAUGUUUUUGCGCAAAACUUCACAAAACGAGUUUUGCAAUUCAUCGCUUAUCGCACACGCAGGGUAUUUUGAAGUUAACAUGUUAUACACUUAUGUUUCAGCAUCUAAAGCAUUUUGUUAUGUAUUGUAGCUAUUUCAGUUUUUUUUCUAGACCUAUUCUCUCUGCAUCUGCUGUUCUCUUUUUUCCUUUUCUCUUAUUACUCUUUCUCUCUUACUCUUCUGAUCCCUCUUUCCUCUUCAAUUUGUUUUAUUUGAUUGUAUAUAUAUUAAGGAUUCUCUCUAUUAUUUCAUUUCUCUAUCAUAAAAUUGUGUGUUGUGUGUUGUUAAGAUGUUUUGCUUUAUAAAAUUCAUUAUUCCGCUUUUCGUGUUUUCUUUUAAUUUCCAUAUUCUUAUUCUUGUAUAUUUUUAUUUUACUAUCAACAUUAAGCGGCACAAUUUUCUCAUAUUUUACUGUCGCAAGUCAAUAACGCUUUUAUGAGAUGGGCAGUUACAUUCAAUCAGUAUGCACAAUUUAUGUUACAAAUACUGUAUUUUGGUACUGUUAAGGGAAAUGUUUGUAUACAAGAAUAUAUAUUUAAAAUUAUUUGUUAUUUAAGUACUACAGUACUACGGAGUAGAAUAUACACAGUAAUUUAUGAAAAUGUUCCUGAACUGCUUACUGUCAAGGUUGUACAUUUCUUUGCAGUUCCUCACUAUGUGUUACUGUGUGAACCUUUGUAGUAACUUUGUACUUAACAGGUCAGAACUGUCUUUGACUGUUAUCAUGUGCCAAUAAUGACUCUGCAGUCCACAAACAGACUGUGUUUGCGUUGUAUUUUGUACUUAUCUCUGAUCUAUUGCUUUACUAGAUAUUUAGUUGGUAGCUCUUGAACGAUUUCUCCCCUUUAUCACUGUGCCUCGUGUCUUCUAUGGGAUCAACUUUACUCUAAACCUAGGCUAACGUUCUUUUUAUCGAAAAGAAAGUCAUUUAGCACGUUUUACCUAUAUUUUAAAAGCAUCUUCAGAGAUAUACUUUGUCUUUUAUCUAUAUAUCAAACAAUCUAGCUUGUAAUAAAUCGUACGAUAAUAGGUAUAUAUUUCCAAUAUUCUUUUAUAAAUGAUAAUACAUGAAAAUAUAUUAAGAGUGUUUGUGUGAAUGUGCGUUACCUACUCUACUAUGUAGCUGCUAGAUAUGUGUAGACUAGAGGCAUCCAACUUCUGAACCGAGGACCAAUAUGUUGAACAACUCUACCACCAACAGAGCUUUGAGUCUGUUGUGGUUUGGGUUCGAAGGUGGAGGCCUGAUCCUUUAGUCUAGUUUCUGUCUGCUAUGUAAUCUCUAAUCUGUAACACAAAUUAUCAGCUUUCUUUAUAACAGAGUAUUCUAGUAGAAACCAAAAUAUAUAAACUUUCUUCUGCUACUCUUCUUUUCUUUCUCUCUACUUCUCUUCACGAUACUUCCAUUUAUAUUCCUUAUGAAUUCACUCGGCACCAAGCAAGAACAGAUGGUUCAGUUUAUAAAGUCGCCCUUUAGCUGACUUUAUACUUUGGUUUUAAUACAAAUGACAUUGAUCAUCUAUUCGUAAUUUAUUAUUACUUCAAAAGGUAGUUAGGUGCAACUUUUACACCAUUAAAUAAACUUGCCUUUAAUUUAUUUAAUAAUCAUUGUAUGGCCACGUUAUGUUUGUUAUUAUGUAAUUCAAAAGUAAUAAAUCAAAUAAUAUCUACGGUUUUUAUUAAAUAAUAAUACGGUUUUCUAAAACCGUAAAUUAAGACAGUUCUUGCUUGGUAUCGAAGACAAUUCAUUGUUCUUCCUCUCUCUCUCUUCUCUACAUGUGUGCACGGAUCUCUACUAAUCUCAUCUCUUUCAGAACGGAUGGAAAAUCCCAAUGUUAAAUAAAUAAACUUAUUGUUACAUUGAGUUUGUAUGACCUGUUUGACCUGUCAUACCUAACAUUGAUGUCUCUAGCAUGUUACUAGCUCCUUGAAAUUUCCAAUAUACCUUUUGUAGUUUGAAUCUUCAUCAUCUAUUACUAGUAAAGGUAAAUACAGCCAUUUUGUACGGUUUUACAUAAUAUAUAUAUAUAACGCAAGUCACGUGUGAUCGGACUUUUUAAAGUUUUUAAUAUUAAAAGGUUAUAGUACGUGUUUGAAAUAUUUUCUGCAUCGAUAUUCAACAGUUAUGAGAAAAUUAAAGUAAAUUUUUUUGUAUUUAUAUUAUAGUUGGUGAUGAAGUUUGUAAGAAUCAAGUCGUUAUCCCCAAACCACAUUGAGAUUUUGAUACAUUUUGAAAAAAAAUAUUUUGAAGCACAUGUUAAUUCGGCCGCUUAAGUGGUCUUACGAGUGGUUUACGGAUUUUCAACUGUUAUCAAACAGAAAGUCGGACAACAGGCAAGAUGUAGCUCCCAAACGCUUAGUCUUCUGUCACACUUCUUGCUAGAAUGCGAGAAACCUGCACUCAUUGUUAUGGGAACAAAGUUAUGGUUGACUUUGCAAGCAUGCUCAUACGUGUUUCACAACAUUCGACUCACCUUCACCGUAAGGCAUGUUAGAGCUCUAUAAGUUGGCUUAUACAAAUUUAAUUUCAAACGCUUGGUAAAGUUUUAAGGAUUUUACACGUUUCGGAACAUUAGUCAACUUGAUGCUAAAGGUUUGACUAUUGAAAAUAUUCACAUUUGUCUAAAAUGUCACAUAAAUUACAAAUUAAAAGUAUGGACUAUUCGGUGUAAAGAGUUUAGUCACAAAAUGUAUUUUUUUAAGACUGGUAGUGGUGCUACUUAAUGACAAAUGAAAUUGUCGAUUUUAUAUAAUUUUAAGUUUUUCAGUUAGCUGUACAUGAACUGAAAUUGAGAACAUAUUUAUUAUUCAAUUUACAUUUCCUCUAUCACGUAAGAUUAGAGCUUGGGAAUCGGGUGCACUCUCAACCAUAUUUGUUGCGUAAUAAGUCUUCAGGGGACAGAAGAUCCGGAGCCCGUCCAUGUAUUCCCCACGUUGUUAGUUUACUUAAACCGAGUUGUUGUGUUCAUUCACAAAAAUGGUGCAUUUGUCAUUUUUUUAGAAUACUGUAUAUGUGUAAGAUGUCUUUAUAGUCUGUCCAAUGUAAGUUUAAUUUUCUUAUUAGCCUUUGGUUUUUCAUUCGUCAGAACUUUUCAAUACAAGUGCCAAACGAGCCACUUCUAUUUCGUGUCUUUUUUCAAAACUCGUCUAUUCCCUCAGUUCUAUGUGUUAGAUGUGAUAUUGAAUUAGAUUAGAUUACCACAAUAGUUUUCCAAUAAAACGUAUAUUUUCAAUAAAUAGGAAACAUGUAGUUUUGAGGCUGUUAUUUUAAUGUGAUUUAUUGUAAAUAAGUAAGUAGGGUGUGGGGGAAACGUUCCACGUCAGUCACCAAAGUGUCCAUGGUGAGACUCAAACAAGGUACAAAAUCGAAUUUACGAAUAUAAUUAGUUAUGUGUACCCACCUUCAACAAUAUUGUUUGUUGUUAUAUUUACAAUAUUAUUUAAAAUUACUUUGGACAGAUUAUAUUUAGAGAUAAGUAUUACUAUAAUUACUAUUAUUAAACGAAAGUAUUAUAUUAUUAAUUAAUUUAUCAUAAGGAUACAAUUUUUAAGAUCAUGGUGUUCUUUUUGUUUUGUAAUA